AUGACCACCGACGAACCAACUAGCACAUCCUCCAGCUCAUGGCACACCAUCCGUCCCUGGACGCCCCACCUCAUCCUCUCAGUCCGCGAAAUCACUUCAGUAUCAGCAACUUUCAUCCUUUCUUCCUCACUCUCCCCACCCACCACCACAUCUGAACCACCCCCGAACGAAACUGACGCUUCACAAAACACCUCUGAGCAGCCGCCAAUAACUUCAGAUUUAGAUACCGAAGCAGACCCAGAAACACAAGCAGAUAUAGAUAUAGAAACAGAAGCCCUAAACGCGCGAGGAAUCAUAUCAGACGCGCUCUCAGCAGGUCUCUCAGUAUCUGUCAACGGCUCGCCAUGGCAGCGCGUUCUCAUACGCCUCCUCGAGCCCGCAGACGAAGCAGUCAUCAUCAUAUAUGGGCUCAUGCCUGGACGCCAGUAUGAUAUCGAUCUAGGGCUCGUGCAGGGCGGACAGGCGAGUUGUAUAAGGAGGCAGGUCGUCACUGAAGAAGCGGAGAAUAUCGAGAAUGGAAGAUUGGACGAAGGGACUAGCACUAGUUUCCUCCUCCGAUCUUCAUCCUCUUCCUCAUCAACAUCCUCUUCGUCAUUAUCCUUGUCAUCAUCAACAACGACGCAAGACCAAACCCCCAUCCACGCACACCCCCAAACACCCCGAACCAGAUCGCGAUCCACAACCCCCACCCAAGAAGACCGUCUCCCUAACCUCCAAUCUACCCUCUCAACCCUCCAAUCACGCAUCAGCGAUCUAACAUCUACCCUCAAAUCCACGCGCAGAGACUCGCAAAAAGCAGACGCAGCGCUCAAAUCCGAGAUCGAAGCUCUCAAUCGAGCGUCUGAGAAAGCUAGUGCUGCAGAAAGUAAAGCGAGGCAACGCAUCAGAGCGCUCGAAGAUGCCGUCCGCAGGGCUAGCGAGGGGAAAGACGACGUAGAAAGGACUAGAAACGAACUCGAGGGCGAAGUCCCUUCCUUACGCAAACAAGUCCGCGAAAAAGAGGUAGAAUGCGAAGCUCUACGCAAAGAAGCUUCCAAAGCUCGCAGGGAACGCGAGGCCAAGGAGGAAGAGCGGAGAAAACGCGUGGAGGGAGUCAAAACUGAGAUCGGGAGCGCUGAUCAUAGGUUGGAGAGGCUUUGUGCGAGGCAGGAGAAGUUGGAGGGGACGGUGUUGAUUGAUUUGGAGAAGACGCUCAUGGAGAUUGAGAAGGAGAUACAGGAGGUUGAAGCGCAGGUGGAUGUUGGGUACCCUCAACCUAUUGGGAGACCCUUGCAGAUGCAGCCAAUCUCUCCUCAAUAUCGAAGACACCAACCACGCUCAUCGGCAUAUCGAAUCGGGGACGGUGCGCCUCCUGGAUUGGGACUCCCAAACCCUUAUGCAAGCAGUCAUGCAUCCAGCUCUGUGUACUCCCAUUCUCCGAGUUCAUCGCUCUCGCAUCCCAAAGUAUCUAUUUUGUCGCAUUCAACGAGUUCUAUUCCAUCCCAUUCGACGAGUUCUGUUCCAUCGCAUGCUGGUGGCGGUAUGCUCCCUACUAGUUCGGCCGCGUCUACUUCGGGGACGUCGACGUUAUCGAGUAAGGCCCUACCUUUUGAGCCUGCGCGUGGGUUCAGAUCAUCGUUCCCGCCGUUGAAACCUCCGCCUGGGAUUGCGCCGAUUCAGAGGCCUGUUGGGGCCUUUUCGAGGGGGAGUUGA